AUGGAUACCAAACUUCCCAUCCCACCAUCAGCCCCUUUCGACGAUACCGAGGCAGCACCCCCCUCGUAUACAGAGAGCAUCGACACAUCCUCCUACUACUCCACCCAAAUCCGCACCCAACUCUCCGACCUAACCCACCAAAUCUCCUCUCUCCAAACCCAGAAAUCCCUCCUCUCCCACGCCCAAGACGAGAAGAUCCUCUCACUCCUCACCACGCAGAUCCAGCUCUACCUCUCAGACUUCGCCCGCUCAGGCCUGAAGAAAGGCACGCUGAUACUAGUCCCAGCGAGCGGCGUCACGGAUGCAAAUGCCCUACCUGCAGACUACGAUUUCAAGAACGCCGAAGAGUAUGAUGCGGUUGUGAGGGUGCGGAGUAAGCAGGAUGCAGGGGCAGGUCGCGAUGAGUGGGCGGAGGGCGCUGGCGAGAGAGAGAUGAUGUAUUGGAGAGAUGAGGAUAUGGCGCUCCGUCUUGCGGGGAUCUUGAAUCCGCCUCCUGAUCCCAGAGACAUGGAGCUGCCGCCUAGGAAAGAGCAAGUUGUAGCGGAGAAGGCCGAGGAGCCGAAAUCGAGGGGAUUCUGGGGAAGUAGGAAGAAAAGCGUCACGAAAACUCCUGCUACUGCCGUUGUUGUUGAAAGGAAGGUUGAUGUUAAAAUGUCGAGUACGAAUGAGGAGCCGAAUGAUAAGGUUGUGAUGGAUACAGACUAUCUGCCUUUUUUUCUCUACCCUUAUUAUCAUCAAAUCACCCCACACGUUAUCCCUAUUGGAAAACCUUCCUCUGCAAUCAUUUCCACGCUUCUCUUAGAAGAAAGACUGCUCUCAACGUCAAUGUUCCAGAUCGAGGGGACUAUUUACCAACCCUCAACUUAG